AUGACCAGAUUGUCCCAAGCUGUGGAGACCCCUUCCCUGCCCCACUUACCCCCAGCCCAUCCCCCAGUGCCCGAGGGAGUCGCUUGUGGCUCUGAUGCUCUGACCCUCCUGGAGAACACCGAGACCCGGAGCCAGUUCAUCGAUGAGCUCAUGGAGCUGGAGCUGUUCCUGUCCCAGCGUCUGGUGGAGAGGGAGGAAGAAGCCGACAUCGUGGCCAUCAGCCAGUUCCAGCUGGCCCCCCCAGUGCUGCAGGGCCAGACCAGUGCCCAUGUGGGCUCCCUCCUGGCCACCACCCGGGCUCUGCUGGGCCAGCUCUGCACCCGCAGCAUGCAGCACCUCUUCAUGAUCCUCGCCUCCCCCAGGUCCUUACUCAG